AUCUCCUUCAAUUUAUUUUGAUCCUAUAUAUACAAACAGAUUCUGCGUGCAUCCUCUCUGCUAGUGAAUCAGUUGGUUCUUAAGAUUCUUCAAUGGCAACACCUGAUCAAGAAUCAAUCGAGACUUUCAUGAGUAUUACCGGUUCAUCUGAACUUGUGGCUAUUCAGAAACUCACGGAGCAUGGUGCCAAUCUCAAUCAAGCAGUUAAUGCACAUUUUACUGAACGAGAUGCAAACAUCAGACAUGAAACAGAUGUUGCUGCUUCACAGGAGGAUUUGAUGGACAUAGAUGAGCCAAGUGAAGUUACAACUCACAGACCAUCAUUUUCACCUUUUUCUCCUGCGAGAGAUAUGAACCCGCUUUCUCUUCUUGAUUCCAACUUCAACAGACAUAUAAUUGAUAGUGGUCAAGGGGCUGGACCAUUUGUUUCCCAUCCAAGAGAGGUGAGGCAAGUUCCCAUUGAGGUAAAGGACGAGAACGGUUCAGAUUCACAUCACCCUGAUAGUGCUCCCAGAAUUGAGGAUGUCAACGAGACCUUACCAGAAAUCGUCCCAGAAGCUCGUGGGACCCUGAGUAUUGAUGAUGAAGUUAAUGAUCAUUUGCCAUCUCUUCAAUCUUCUCAUCCAGCAGGGCUGAGUGAACCAAGUGAAGGUGUAUUGGUUGGUACAUCUCAAGGCACACAUUUGAGUCCAAGUGCUCCUGGACUUGAUGAUUUACCCGACUACGGCAUAGAAGAACAGAUGAUCCAAGCUGCAAUCGAAGCUUCCAAACACGAUACUGAAAUUAGUCGACCAGAUGCUGCUGUACCUCAGCAAACACAAUCUCAGUCUGAGGAUCCUGAACUCGCACAUGUAGUCUCAUUAUCUUUGAAGACAGCUGAGCAAGAGAGGGCCUCACGUGAACUAGAAUCUGAAGCUGGACCAUCAGGAACAGCUUCUAAGUUGGCCGAGGUUGAAGAAGUGGCAGCAUUGGCAUCAUCAAAUGGAAGGUUGGGUGUUGGAGGCUCGUCUAUCCAGGAUGAAACGGAUGAUGCAGACAAGCAUCCUCUAGUUAGGCAUAGGAGUAGACAUAUGCCCUCAAGCUCUACUGACACUGCUAAAAACAUGGGAGAAGUAGAUUUGAUCUUAUCUGCAGAUCCUCUACAACAAGAAAAUGUCAAUCAUCUGGUGAACGACAAUGAUGACUUCCCAUCCGAUGAAUGGGGAGGCAUCUCGUCUGUGGAACAUGAUGAAGCAGUCAUGCUUGAGGCUGCACUCUUUGGUGGAAUUCCUGAAACGGCUGGAUAUCAUGUGCGACGUGGUUAUAUGGAAAAUGGUUUGGAUAGAACUUCCGGGGCUUACCCUAGGCAGACACCACGCCCUCCAUCUCCAUCUCUCACUGCUCAACGCUUGAUAAGAGAGCAACAGGAUGAUGAAUAUCUUGCAUCAUUGCAAGCUGACAGAGAAAAGGAGUUACAAGAGCAGGCAGCUAGAGAAGCUGCUAUGGAAGAAGUAAGGCGAAAGGAGGAAGAAGCACAGAGAAAAUUGGAAGAAGAACAAGAAAUUGAGAGGCAGUUAGCAGCAAAAGAAGCUUCACUUCCUCAGGAACCUACAUCUGAUGAUGUAAAUGCUGUGACCCUCCUCGUGCGGAUGCCCGAUGGAAGCCGCCGUGGUCGCCGGUUCCUGAAGACGGACAAAUUACAGUAUCUUUUUGACUUCAUCGAUAUUGGCAGAGUGGUCAAGCCUACUGCAUACAGAUUGGUAAGACCAUACCCUCGACGUGCUUUCGGUGACGGAGAAAGUGAGUUGACCUUCAACGAACUUGGUUUGACUAGCAAGCAGGAGGCGUUAUUUCUUGAGUCGAUAUAACCAAUACCCAUCUUGCAAAAUAGAAACAAUCCAUCUUCCCAUGAACAUAGGGUCAUUGGUUCAAAUAUAUGCACCUGAAAUACUUUUUUUGUGCCGUUUGGUCAAUAUACGGUUCUGCCCGUCUGGUCGACCGGCUUGAUGGGCACAAUUGAUUGUCUGUUUAUAUUAGCAGGAUGCAACCAUGGCAGGCUGAAAUGGUACCUUUUGUAUUUAAUAAAGUUUAUAUGGCAUUUGCAACUUA